AUGCCCGUCCAAGGGACUGAUCCUAAAAAGAGGCAAUUAAGGCUGAUAUCGGUGGCAUUCAAGGAAGCGUCUAUCGAUUCACCUUCCUUUCGUGCCUCUGUGAAUUUCUUCCAAACCAGAGUGGAUGCAUUAGAGGAUUGGGUAGAGAAAACGGUGGACUUUUUUGAUCAGAAGUACAAGGUGUCCUUUGAAGAUUUUCAGCGGGCCAAAGAAACUCUACUAUCACAAUUGUUACCUUCUCCUGUCCUAUUAAGUAACGGUUUUGUCAGCAACCAAUCUUUUACCCCCCAACUGGUAGACAGUUUUAACAAGGACUACUACGAUUUUUCGGUCAAACUGUUAAAAAUUGUAAAGGGCGAUGAUUCCAGCCAUUCAACUGCUUUAUUGGAACUGAUGACUAAUGCAGUUGAACCAUACAGAAAUGUAAGAAAAAAUUUUGAUAUUUACCAAGGGAAAUAUGACAGCAUGUUGGCAUCAUACCAAGCUAUAAAGGUUUCCAGUACCAGUUUAGAACCUUCCUCUAUAAAGAAUGAUGCUUUGGAGUUAUUUGAAGUCCAAAAAAGUUAUCUGAAAGCCUCUUUAGAUCUCAUAAGCGCUAUAUCAGUAGUAAAAUUAAGCUUAGACAAAUUUAUAUAUGAGUCAAUGAAGGUACUAAAAUGUAAGAGCAUCCUUGCAACGAAAGAUUCCGGAAAAAAAAUCGAUUUAUCUCCUUGUAUGAAUGACUACUUGGACAGUUACUCCAUAUGGGUGGAAAAUUCAAUUGAAGGCUCCAAAGUUUUGAAUUCUGACAUUAUUCAUGCCAAAAAGCAAGCCUAUGGUUACACUCUAAAAAGAAUUACCCCAUCCAACGACACGAGUGACUAUAAUAUCAGAUCGCUACAUUCUUCAAAACUAAUAUCGAAAGAUACAGAGGCACCUUCAAAAUCGCCUGAAAAAUUUGGAUGGCUCUACAUGAAAACGCAAGUUGGCAAGCCAAGUAGAGAGAUAUGGGUCAGAAGAUGGUGCUUUUUAAAAAAUGCCGUAUUUGGUAUGUUUCUUUUAUCGCCCUCGAAGACCUAUGUAGAGGAAACAGAUAAGUUUGGUGUUUUCCUUACUAAUGUGCGUUAUGACCCAGAAGAAGAUAGGAAGUUUUGUUUUGAGGUAAAAAUCUUUGGUAAUAGAGUAACGGAUUUACAUGGUAAUAUAUCAAGGGAUAUCACGCUGGUUUUCCAAACAUCCAAUUUCCGAGACUUAAAAUCAUGGUUAAAUGCAUUUGAAUUGACAAAGAAGUACGUUAUGAACUUACAGCAUAAURGUCUUGAAUACGAGCUCGCGUUUAAAAGAUUUUCUCCAAAAUAUUUUGAAUUUGCCUCUAGUACGACUACCUCUAUAGAUCAAUUGAUAACAACUUUUGACAAAGAGACCGAGUCUUUAUAUGAUACAUUAAACUGUUCAUUAUCCGAGUAUGAUAUUCUGACUUUGGGAGAGGAGAAAGUUUUUCAAUUUCAAAUGCCUACGACGCCAAUAUCUACUAAAAUGACACAGUUGGCUAUAUUGUCAAACUUCCUCACAAAGGGUAGUUGGUUUCCUAAUGCGGUGCUUGCAAAUGUAUGGGGCACCACGGAUUGGAGCGAGUACACUAUAUUACCAAGCAAAGGAAAGAAGCCUUCUUCACUUUUAACAAACGACGGUAAAAGGCUACCGAUAAGAAAUUCUACUGUAUAUCCCCAUUAUUAUUCUAAUGAGUUGAAGGUUCUUGAUCUGCAGUUCAAAUCACUUGUCUUUUCACCGGACCAAAGAUUAGAGAAACUACCUGAAGAACUUUUAUUAUUCAAAUUUGAAGCAUUUUGGUGCCCCAACAAAAGACAAAAGUUUUCGGCAACUUGUUUCUGCACAAAGGAUUAUAUUUAUUGCUACAUGAACUCUAUGGAGUUCAUCUGUCUCACGAACAUCAAUCUAGCUGAUAUUGUUUCAGUAGAAACCGAUAAGACAUCAAAGAAAACUUUAAAAUUUUAUGAUGCCAGCGGUUUACAGAUGAAGGCAAUAAUCUUGUUUACUGACUAUAAACUCAUUGCCUCUAAAUUGCAGUGCCUUUUGGAAAACAAGGCUUCAAAAAAUCCAAAUGGCAAUGAAGAAAUAUUAGUGAAACUUGAGCAGAUGGAGAAGGAUUUUCAAGAGAAAAAGCAAGAAGAAUCAAAUAAAGCAGAAAAAGAAGAAAAUUCCAAUAAUAAGGCUAUGAACAGUAUAUCCAAAAUGAUAGGAUCUCAUGUAACGUUUUGGGAGAUGCCUGAUGACGCAUCUUCUUUAUUGAACAGGCUCAAAAAACUUCAAACAGAAUACACAACUACAUAUGAUCACGAGUAUGAAAUUUCCAGCAAAGGAUUGGUUCAUAUAUUAUUUGGUGACAAGUCGGGAGCCUUUCCAAAAUGUCUAUUUCUAGCAAGAAAAAAUACGAAAGAAAACAUCAAAUCGUUUUGGCAUAAAGAAAAAGAUGCCAAGGACAGAUUACAAUUGGUUCGUAAAAUACCAUUCCGAUUGGAUAUGACUGACAACUUCUUGAAUACUGGAAAAUAUCUCAGAGAUAGAGAAUCCAAACCAAUUUUUGUUACUCAAAGAAUUGUCGAUAUUGUUGAAAACAAAUAUUAUGAAAUUGAUCUGGAUCCCAUUUUUAUUAAAGUGCCAUUUUGUCAUCUACUAAGAAUUUCAGUCAAGUUUGUCAUAUCCGAGUCAUAUGAUACCGAUAACCGUUUAGAAAUUAAACUGAAUCUGACGGCAAAUAGUUCUCUACUCCAUGUUUUGUACAAACUAGAGUACAUUGAUAGUAGAACUGGGGAAGUAGUAAAGAAAUUAUCUUUGGCGGAGAUGGUGUGCCAAAACUGGGUAUUAAAAUUUACAUAUAGCGAAUUCCUACUGAUAAGAAAAGUGAUACGGUACUAUUUAGAGAGAAUUGGCAAGCAUGGGAAAGUUAUUAAGGCUGUUAAGCUAUGUGGUAUUUUAGGCGUUUCUAACAGUAAAAAUGAAGAACCAACCGGUGACAAGAGCGAUAAAUUUGAGAAAAGUGAAAAGAUUCAAUAUGACAUAAAGUAUUCAUGCACUAUUUUGUUCUUAAUAUUCAUUAAACUGAUGGUUUACAGGAUUACCAAUUUAACAUUUGUAUUUUUUAGGAUAUUGAUUGGUAUCUUAUUGUUGUUUGCUGAAAAAUUCUCGCAUAUUAAUCGGAAAAUGGUAAUUGGGUUGUUAGCAUCUAUUAUGUUUAGCGUGUUUUUAUCAGGAAGAGCAUCAGUUUCCUACUGGUCCGUAAAGAGGGCUGAAAAAAUAUUCCAGGAUCGCCUCGGAUCAGAUAAAUUCACAAUGAAAAGAGCCAUUUACAUAAGUGAUUCAGAUCUACUGACCAAUCAAUUAUCAGUUACACCGGAUAGUCCCAUUUUUGAAAAGUUCAGUGACGGCAGUUUCACUAAAGAUUGCCAGUACAGGGAAACGCGGAAAGAGUUGGCGAUGAGGAGGAACGAACUGUUGAUCGAAUUAAGGAUACUGCAAGACAUGGAGAAACAGCUAGUACAGGGUGACUAUAAAAAGUUUUUAUCAGACGAAAUUGAUAAAUGUUCGAUGGUGUCGAUAGAAAUGGCUGAUCUUUGGUCGAAUGACACACAAUUGCAGAAAUACUGCCUCAAUUGUGACGAAGAGCUUAAAAAAUUGGGAUCAUCCCUAAUAUGA